AUGUCUGAAUCUCCUCCAGCGUCGCAGGUUUACCAAGUGGCCUUGAUCCCAUGCAUGGCCUUCCUUGCCGGUGUCAAUGCACUCUUCUUCGUUGUUGGCAAGGGCUUGCUCGCUGGCGGUUUCGCAUCCGAUGUUGGCGACCCGAAGAUGUUCUCUGGCGCUGCGGCAUUCGUGUUGGUCCCGGCGUACAGCAUCUGUCUGAUUGCUUGUGGCGUGGUGGUGGGAUACAAGGCUACAGUUCACGUUGCGAUGGAGUCGGAAAACAUGGUUGGCUUGAGGGACAAGUGUAUGCUUGUCGUCGCUGAGCCCGACGCCGGCGCUCUCACGCUUGCUGGGUUCGGGAACGAGAAGGGAGAGCUUGGUCAUACUCCAGUCAACCCACGGCAAUCCGUCGAACCCAGCGUGCCUGGCCUCCAGGGCGAGGAUGCCGCUGCGAGGGACACAUCCGCUCCUGACUCCAAAGUCAAUGGAGAGCCUGAGACCGCGAUGGACGACGACUCGACAACGGCGACCAUGGUCUUCGCGUGCAUCGACUGCCCGUUCAGCUUUCCAAAGCUCACAAUGCUGCACGAGCACCUCGAGGUCGCCCACUACCGGUUUCCUAUGGACGCUCCGUCUGGUUGUGCAGCAGAAAUGCGCGAGGAUCGCGAGAAGCAUUGGCGGAAGAUUCGGACGGGCCACAUGGAAUCGUACUACGGCGCUGGAGGGCCGCCUGUACCGUCCAGCAGCGCGCAGGCGGCACCAGGUGUGGCGGAGUUUUUCGCUCGCAUGGACGAGUGGUGUUCGCAGGAUUAUUACGGUGACCCCCCGUAUAACCUGGGCGGAUUUUACUGCCCGAGCAACUCGGACUCAGAUGAACUCGCACUUAGAAUGGGAUAUUCAAUCGGAAGUGGACUUAAGUAA